AUGCAAAAAACAGAUGUAGGCUUUACUAACUAUUCUAAACGGUACAGAGAAAUUAGAAUCAACUUAGAAAAUAAUGAUUACACAGACAUCGAAGAUUUUUAUACAAAAAAUUAUAUAAGUUCAGAUGACGAUUACUUUAACAUUCUUCGAGCAGGCAUCAAAAGACCUAAGCCUUUUAUUAAACGAACACCAGCGGAAAAGUGGCACAACCAAUUUAAUCCUUUUAUUUUGAGUACUGUUCGGUCAAACAUGGAUAUUCAACUGAUUACAGAAGAAUAUUCUUGUGCACAAUACGUAGUCGACUACGUAAAUAAGACUAACAGAGGUAUUAGUAAUCUGCAGAGACGAAUCAUUGAAACCAUGAAUGAGCAUCCGGAAUUCGACAUUGUGGAAAUAACGAGGAAAAUCAGCGUCGAUACUAUCAACAAUGUUGAAAUGACUAGUCAGGAAGCUGCACGGUUUUUAUUACGUCAGCCAAUGUCAAAAAGUUCUGUAGUUGUUGCUUACAUACCGACAAUAUGGCCACAAGACCAAAAACGGCUAAGCAGUUACAGUUACUUGACGAUGAUUCCACCGACAUUUGGAAGUAGAAUUGGUUCGACAAAUACUCUAAACGACCCAUUGAUUUAA